AUGACAAUGAAUAAUAAGAUAAUGAUCGUUACAAAUGUAUCACAAGCAGAAGCUAAGAAAUGUUUAGGUUCAAGUGGUUCGUGGAAUCCAAUUGAAGAUGAUUCAGAAUUGAUAUUCUUUGCAAAUAUAGAAGGAUUAAUUGCAUAUAUUGGACCACAUUCUCGCGUAUAUGAUGGCAAAGUUAUAAUAAUGUUUUUCAAUGGGCUCGAUUAUAUUGAAAGAACCGUGUCGACCUUAAUUGAAUUGAAGCAGCAGACAACUACUAGAGACUCUCCAUUGGAAUUUGCGAUGGAUCUGAUGACUGCGAAAAAUGUGAGUCGCAGAGGUAGCGCGACUCAAGAAACGACUAGGAGUCAUGUCCAAUUCACAGACAUGCGAUUCUUUUUCCACCUGUCUAUAUGCGAGCUGGUACCAGGAUUCAGUCAAGAUAAAGAAGCGUUUUGUACAUUGGCAACACUUGUGAGUACGGUAGUAAGUAAAUCUGGAACUGUAUGUACCCCACGUUCGUUAUAUAUCGACGACUCAACUGUUGAAGGUGCAAAGGAACAACCUAUGCGGUGUAUGUUAAGAAAUUUCCCCGAUCUUGAAGUGAGAUUAGGUAGCGGUAUACAUUGA